AUGCGCUUGCUCAAAAGCACCGGCCGCUAUGACUGCUUCAAGCUGAAAUGGCACCCCAUAUAUGACGAUCAUAGGUUCUGGCCUGUCCCCCCUCACUUGUUUUGGGACAGUGAUCUGGCCAAGUGGAUGGAAGCGGCCAUCUACUUCCUGUCACAUCAAUACGACGCCGAGCUGGAUCAGGCUGUGAAGCACAUCGUGGACACGAUCAGGUCCGCUCAGCGGGAGGACGGCUACCUAAAUCUACAUUACAUCCUGGUCCAGCCAGGGAAACGAUGGACCAACAUCCGGGACAUGCAUGAGAUGUAUAAUGCCGGGCAUCUCAUCGAGGCAGCCAUAGCGCAUCAUGACCAUUACAAGACCGAUGACUUCCUCAGCGUCGUGACCAAGUAUGUCCACCUAUUGCACGCGAACUUCGGCCCAGGUCCCGGCCAGAGAAAGGCCUACCCCGGCCACCCGGAGAUUGAACUCGCCCUUCUGCGUCUGUACAAGACUACAGGUGAUGUCAAGGCCUACGAGCUCGCCAGGUUCUUCCUCGCCGAGCGCGGGAAUCCCACCGGCCAGGAUGGACAGCACUACUAUGACUGGGAGAUGGUUCGCCGCGGCGAGGAGGAGCACAAGAGGCCAAACUCAUACCCCAUGUCCCGGGACUACUGGUACUGCCAGGCGCACAAGCCGAUCCUCGAGCAGGAGUCUGUCGAGGGCCACGCCGUGAGGGCCACCUACCUCCUCACCGGCGUCGCAGACCUAGUCUGCCUGCACAAGGACGGAACCCAGCCGCUUGCGGACGCCGAGGAAUGGACCGCGGCCCUUCACAGGCUAUGGGACAACAUGACAACCAAAAAGAUGUACCUUACUGGCUCCAUCGGGGCAAUGGCCCAGUGGGAGGGGUUCGGCAUCGACUACUUCCUGCCGCAGGCCCCUGAUGAGGGCGGUUGCUAUGCCGAGACCUGCGCCUCUAUUGGUGCCAUGAUGUUGGCCGAGCGGCUACUUUAUCUCGAGCUGGACUCGCGAUACGCGGACGUCAUGGAGCUAUGCCUAUACAACACUGUCAUGGGUUCUAUGUCCCGCGCUGGGAAGGCCUUUACCUACGAAAACUACCUCGCGAGCUGCUCUGGUCACCUGAGCCGUAGGGAGGAGUGGUUCGAGUGCUCAUGUUGUCCGCCAAAUGUAAGCAGGCUAUUUGGUAGUCUUGGUGGGUACAUUUGGCAUUUUGGGACCAGCGACGAAAUCAGCGAUGACGGUAGCCGCGUCGAAGAGGAAGAAGCCUCCCACAUCAACGUCCACCUGUACACGUCCGCGAAGCUCGAGUUCAAGACACGAAGAGGCCGUGCCAUCUCCCUGGAGCAAAAGACCAACUGGCCCUGGGAGGGCAACGUGAUGUUCACACUCACACAACCCCGGGCCACCUCCCUACGGACGACAGUCCGCCUCCGCAUCCCGUCCUGGUCCCGCGGCGCCUACGUCCUCACCCCGUCCGCCUCCCCGGAAACCCCAGCCGCCCUCGAGAACGGCUACCUCGUCCUGUCAUCCGAAUACGUUGCCGCCAACCCGUCCUUUUCGCUCGCCGUCGGGGGCUUCGAGCCGCGCUUUAUCGCGCCGCACCCGCGCACCAACCAGCGGACCCUGACCCUUGCACGGGGCCCGAUCGUGUACUGUGUUGAGGACGUUGAUAAUGGGUGGGAGGAGGAUCACUUCAAAGACCUGGUGGUCGACGACAAGGCGCUGCCCGUGGCGGAGGAAGAGAGGGAGUGGGGCGGCGAGAGGUACGUUGCACUUCGGGCAAGGGGUUGGACGAGGAACGUUGGCGGAUGGGAAUUGGGGGGACGUGCUCAAGAUGAGGAAAAGGGAGUAGAAAGGGAUUUGGUGUUUGUGCCGUAUUACUUCAGGGGCAACAGAGGCGGCAAAGGUCACAUGAGAGUUGGGCUGCUCAGGCCGUGA